CUCCCCCUCCCCCCAAACCCAAACCCAAAUCCAAAACUAUCAUAUGAAAAUGACUUCCUAAAAACCAAGAAACAACCUUUGAAUCCACAGUCCAAAUCCCACAAAAAUCCUCAUUCUAUUAUGUCUCUCUUUCUCAAACAAAUCCUCCUUUUCUCUCUUGUCCCAAUUUCCCUCAUUUGUCUCUUCCUUCCACUUCACCACUUUCACCACCACACCCAACACCCUUUUCCUACUUUCUCAAACCCUUUUUCACCACCGCCAAAAAUAGCCUACUUCAUCACUGGAACUAAAAAUGAUGGCCCAAGAAUCUUUAGAUUACUUCAAGCAGUAUACCAUCCAAGAAACUACUAUUUAAUUCAUCUUGACCAAUUUGCUUCUAACAAACAAAGACUGGAACUUGCUUUGAAAGUGGGUUCUGUGGAUGUGUUUGUUGCAGCUGAGAAUGUGAAUGUUAUUGAAAAAGCUGAUGCUGUGAAUCAAGAGGGGUCGAGUCCUUUGGGUUUAGUGCUUCACGGUGCUGCUGUUUUGUUGAGGUGGAAGAAUGAUUGGGAUUGGUUUGUUAAUCUUGAUGCCUCUGAUUAUCCCCUUAUUCCUCAAGAUGAUUUUCUCCACAUCCUGUCUUUUGUUCCAAGGAAUUUGAAUUUCAUAGAGUAUAGUAAGAAUACCAGCCUGGAUGAACAUCAAAGGGCUGUGGAAGUUAUCGUUGACUCUCGCCUCUACAUUCUCUUAAAAGGAAAGAUGUUUGUAGGUGACAAAAAACGGGAACUUCCUAGUGCUUUUAGAUUUUUUAUGGGUAAGUUUCUUGCCAGAUCAUUUUCGGUUUCCGUUUAUCUGGGCUAGUAGUUUGUCCUCCUCUAAUGACGCUGAAGCUGAGAUUGCCAAUCUGUGAUGCUAAUCAUUAGUCUUCUUUUCAAUAUGGGAAAUUCAUUUGUUUUAAGAGGUUAUCUCGACGUUUUUGUCGGCAAUGUGCCCUGGAGCUGAGAUACCUCAUCACGAUAAAGACAACUUCAUGUUCAUGUGUGAGCUCUAUCUGUAUUAAAUAUGACUGCUUUUGGAGUUUAAGCUAGUUAAGUAAAUUUCAAGGUUAGUCUUGCAAAAGAUUCAUAUUCCCUCUGUCCCAAUUUGUUUGAUGCAUUUCGGAUUUCGAGAGCCAAAUGAGUUUUUCUUU